GGCUAGUUUACUCAUGUCGAAUGGUAUUAAAUAAAUGAUUAUUUCUUAAAGUAUUUAGUCUAAGGAACCUUAAUAUAUCGAUUUCACUUCAUAAAAGCAGAAGAUUGCUGUAGAAAUUUAAUUUUAAAAAAUAUUUUUAAGUCUAUAUUUUUUAAACACUAAAAACGCUGUUCGCCACAUCCGCCAUGAUUUUGACAUCUCUUGUGGUAAACAACUAAAUGUCAUUCGCGUGUUACUGUAGGUGGAUUCUUUCGUCUCCCGUGGCAGUGUCUGGUUCUGCUAUCGGGCGCGUCCUCCCGGGUGGCGGAUGGGAGGUACCGGCUUUGGCCGGCGUGGACCAUAACCAGACAGGCAUCGGCAGGUCCCACUUCUUCUUGUCAAGAAGAGGGUAACCUGCCACGCCAAACUCGUAACCUCGCACAUGGUGCGGGGCCGAGGGCCGCCAUCUCUCUCGGGGGGUGGGGGCUGCGAGGAAGAAAACCUCUUUAAAAAAUCACCCGAGGGGGACUUGGCUGGCGUCCCAGGAAUUACCUGGGUAGCGGUAGUCAAGUCUGGUGUCCCGAUCGGCGUCCCGGAAGUAUUCUGGGUAGCGACGAUGCAGGACGUAAGGAGUUGGAGGCACAGUUAGUGCUUUUGUCGUGGCGUCUCCACGCUUUUUGGUCGGGGACCCUCCUUGGGGACCCAAGCUUUGGCUGGGGGGUUGGCGGCAGUAUGUCGCGGCGCGGUGGAUCUGUCCAGUGGCAGUAGAUGCAGCUGGCGGUUGGGUCUAGCCGAUUUAGUCGGUGUUGGGCCACCAUCGGGCAACCUAUUCCCUAGGUUGAGUGUUGUGGUCAUGUUUCACAGCUUGUCUAGGGAGUAGGGACCUUGCCUUUAUUGGCUGGGUCAAGAGGAGAAAACCUCAUUAAAAAACCUGAAUGGUCCGGCGGUGUAGGCACUCCGUGCCGCCGGACGCCUCUGUGGAGGAGGUCGGCCCAGAAGGUCGGCCAGCUCACGGCCCCUGGUUCACGCCGGGGGGCAGUCGCGCCCAUGGGGUUUUCCCGACCCCCAUGGUGUAAAUAGGGUUACCCGGGUACAUGGUCCCUGCCCGGGUGGACCAUUUCACCUAAUACUCGUGGGAAUAACAUGGAAUCCACUAAUAAAAACAAAAAUCUAGGAGUUGAGAAGAGGGAGUGCAGAGUGCUGCUGCAAGACAUCGCAGUUAGCAAAAAGUCCUCCAUUUGUGCCGAUACGGACGUAGGAGGUGCUGUGGGUAUAACCCCGGAGAUAGCUAUGGGUAGUAGCUCAGCGCAUGUGAGGGAAGAAGAUGGGAACCAACCUACUCGCGAGAGAAGGAGAAGUAGAGGGAAAGGUGUCUAUGAUGAUCUGCUGCUCCGUAAUGCAUCUUUGGCCACGCGGUCGAGGUCGCGGUCAAGGAGUAGUUCAAGAGCUAGUGCUGCAGGGAGAAACAAAUACGUGUCACCUGUCAAAACAAGAGGGGACAAGGCAGUGUGGGUUGAUACACCACGAAGCUCACCACGAUGUGCUCGGAAACCAUUGCGUUUGGAUGAGAGAAGAGAUAUGACUGAAAUUUCAGACUCCUCCUCGCGUGAGGAUAUGAGCACUUGCUCCGAGGGGAUUUCGUCAGUUCUCUCCAUCCCGGGUGUUUCACUGCCCACAACUACGCGGGGACGGAAAAGGGUGCGGUCGCAAUGCUCCAGCUCAGGGAGCUCUACCAAAACGCAGACAUCACUUAAGAGCAGAGGAAAGCCGCCUACCACAGGCGAGUACAUUAAUCGUGUAAAGGGACAACAUGAGCUUAAUCAAGCUCUGCGUGAGGAACUCCAACUCUCACUUGACUGCGAGACUGCCGAAAUGGUAAAGAGGACAUACGAGGCUCGGGCGAAAUACGAGGCUAACCGUUCCUGCGGAGCGACCGGUGAAUCCGCUAUUAGUAGAGACUCGGUAUUUGAUAUUGAGGAGGCGGUUGAGGCUGAGUGCGCCCUUAUUACUAGGAUCGCGAAAAAAUCCUCUAACCUAAAGGGUACAUAUAUCAAGGCUCUAAAAUCCGCGGCAUCUUCGAUCCACGAGAAAGUCUCUGAGCUUGCCAAGACUUCUAUCACUGAGGAGACUUGCAAGCUCAGAGAGGAAAAUGUUCGGCUUCAGACGCAGAUUGACGCAAUGCGCAGAGAAGUGGAAGAGCUUAGGGCUGAGCUCCGCACUGCAACGCGACGUUCCAUUGUGUCACCGGAGAUACAUAACAUGGAUGCGGAUCGGGAUGUGCCUGGGACGGAGGCUUCCACCAUCAAUCUGUCCUCACCUCCGUCCAAGAAGAAAAAGUCCGUCGCUCCCAUGCCUCCUGCCGUAGACGCUCUUCGAAGUAGCGAUGAGGAAUUACUAAGAAAGAUCAUGGUGAGCGUCGGCACGAUGAUGGACGCGAAGCUGGAGGGCAUUAAAAGAAGGCUCCCACCAGAGGAACGUCUCCGUCCCCCGCUAGCUUCGGACAAGGCGGCUAGUGGAGUUUCUAGACCGAAUACUGCUGCGCCAGUUUCUUCUAGCGGAGUUGCGGUCGCCCCUCUUCCAAUGAGGGAAAAAACUAGGAGAGCAAAAAAAUCAAAAUCCAGAGGGACGGAGGAACUGACUUCCUCAAUUCCUAAACCAGGUGGGUCCGUGGAUCCACCAGUUACACAGAAGGAUGACCAGGACUGGACGUUGGUCGUGAAUAGAAAAAAGGAGAGCGCAAAGAGACGCAAUGAACAUGGCGCCGGGGUCGAACAACAGCCCACCCAGGCAUCCUCUGACAAGAAUAAAAGAAAAAAAAAGAAGAAGAAGUCAUCAUCAGCUAAGAAGGAUAGUCCAACACUUCCCAAACCUCCAAGAUCUCUGGCCGUGUUGAUAUCCGUCCGACCAGAUGCGGAAAAUAAGCCCUCUUUCGCUGAGGUUAUUGGCCGAGUGAAAUCGCAGUGCAGGCUUAGCGAUUUGGGAAUAGAGAGUGGGGCCAAAUUCCGAAACACCAUAUCCGGUGGUCGGCUCAUGGAACUUCCCAACGCCGUCGGGGAUGAAAAAGUAGAUCGGUUGGUCCAAAAGCUGCGCGAGCUACUGCCGGAGGAUAUCAGGGUUGUCCGGCCGGUAAAGACGGCCGAUGUACUCAUAUCGUGUCUUGAUGACUCGGUCACUCAUGAUGAAGUAAAAGACGCAAUCGUCAAAAAAUGCGGAUGUCCCCCGGACAAUAUCAAAGUUGGGCAGAUUCGAAUAGGAUGGUCAGGCACGGGAUCCAUCUGGGCCCAAUGCCCAGUCACAGAAGUGAAGACCCUGACCUCAGGCCGUCUCUUGGUUGGGUGGUGCUCGGCCAAAGUGACUCUACUGCAGAAGAGGCCCCUCAAAUGUUUCAGGUGUCUGGAACUGGGUCACUCCAGGAUUCAAUGCACGGCAUCUACAGACCGCAGUGGGCUUUGUUACCGCUGCGGUUUGACCGGACAUCUUGCGGCGACUUGCUCAGCCAAGCCGCAUUGCGUGGUGUGCGCUGGCGCCGAUAAGCCAGCGGACCACGUAAUGGGAGGCAAUAAAUGCCACCCCCCCCGCCCUACAAGAAGGACUGCAGCCUCACAAUCAAGAGCUGCAACCGAGGAAGAGCAGGUUCGCCUGACAGGGGAAAUGCAGACAGAUAACAAUGCUUAGUCGAUCCUACAGUUUCCUUCAGGCGAACCUCAACCAUUGUGCUGCAGCCCAAGAUCUGUUUAUGCAGCACAUGGCGGAGCGGGAGGUGAAUGUAGGUGUCAUUGCCGAGCCAUACUUAGUGCCUCCAUUGCCUCACUGGGCUACGGAUCUGGACCAGACUGUGGGAAUAGUUGGUUCCACAUCUACAAUUGGGUCUUCUCUCCGUUUCCUCGAAAGAGGACAUGGAUACGUUGUGGCUAGAUGGGGGGAAUUAUGUGUUGUAGGAGUGUACUUUUCCCCUAACCGCCGCUUCGCAGAAUUUGAGGUUUUCAUUGACGAGCUAGGGUCUGUAAUCCAACGGCACUCCGCUCUGCCUUUACUGGCCCUUGGAGACCUCAAUGCUAAAUCGAAGAUGUGGGGAUCACCUCUCACUGACCAACGAGGUAGUCUUGUAGAGGAAUGGGCGGUGAUAUGCGGGAUGUCUUUGCUAAACCGUGGGACUGCAUCGACAUGCGUUCGGCCGCAGGGCGAGUCCAUCAUCGACGUGUCCUUCGCUUCGCCGUCUAUCGAGUCGCUCGUAUCUGACUGGCGGGUAUUGGAGGAGGUUGAAUCGCUCUCUGACCACCUAUAUAUUGGGUUUAGCAUUCGCGUUUCAACUUGCACAUCCGCCCGACCCCAUCCGCGAGAAACCGCGUCCUGCUUUCCGCGCUGGGCUGUGUCCCGGUUAGACAAGACGAUGGUGAAGGAGGCGGCCCUUAUACAGGCGUGGUUCGGGGAUUCCAUGCCCAGUCAGGGUAUUGAGGAAGAGGCAGAAUGGCUACGCAACGCCCUCACCCGGAUUUGUGAUGCCGCCAUGCCCCGCGUUAAGCGUUUACCCCCCAAAAAGUACAUGCAUUGGUGGUCGGGUGAGCUCUCAGAUUUGCGGAGUAAAUGUGUGCAUGCCAAACGCCUACAUGCCCGUUAUCGACGCAGACGCACCCGGAACGCAGAAGAGGAAAGCCAUCUUCUUGAGUCCUACAAGACCGCAAAAAGGGCCCUGCAGAUGGCUAUAAAAACUGCUAAGACUAAGGCAUGGCAGGAACUGCUUGAGGGGAUAAACCGGGACCCGUGGGGGAAACCUUACCGGAUGGUCCGGAACAAGCUCCGGACCAUGACCACUCCCUUGACGGAGCCUCUGCAGCCGGAUUUUUUGAACAGGGUGUUAACAUCCCUGUUCCCUACAAGGCAAGAGGGCUUCGCUCCUCCAGAGAUGUCUGUACAACCAUUGGCUGUUUCGCAGUCGUCAGCUCCCACUGUCACGGAUGCCGAGUUUAACUAUUCGGUGUCCCUGGACAGGUCCUAGGGAUUGCUCUACUCUCUCUUGAGGACCGGUUAAGGAAACUAAUGAAUAACUGCCUAACUUACGGCAGGUUCCCUCGCGAGUGGAAGAAUGGACGUCUCGUCCUAUUGCGUAAGGAAGGCAGACCGGAUGAUUCUCCGUCGGGAUACCGACCCAUCGUGGUGCUGAAUGAAGCGGCGAAGAUCUUCGAGCGGGUCAUUGCCACCCGUUUGAAUCAGCACCUUGAUACAACUGGACCACCCCUGGCGGAGAAUCAGUUUGGCUUCCGCGAAGGUCGUUCGACCUUGGACGCGAUCCUCAAAGUAAAGGAGAAGUCUGAAAGAGUUGUUGGCCAGGGCGGUGUUGUUAUAGCAGUAUCACUAGAUAUUGCUAACGCCUUUAACUCGCUUCCUGUGGAAUGCGUCCUUGAGGCACUAAUUUACCACCAAGUGCCUCAGUAUAUCCGUCUACUCAUUGCGGACUACUUCAGGGAGCGAGUUGUGGUGUUUAUGGACAGCAGAGGACGCAUGGUGAAAAAAGAGGUCGUACGCGGGGUUCCCCAGGGAUCGGUUCUUGGUCCACUCCUGUGGAACCUCGGGUAUAAUUACGUGCUUAGAGGAAGUCUUCUCCGCGGGCUGAACGUGGUUUGUUAUGCAGAUGAUACUCUCGUUAUGGCCCGCGGGAAAGCAUAUAGGGAAGCCGCGCUACUGGCCACAGUCGGGGUUGGACAGGUAGUUUCCAGGAUUAAAGAAUUGGGGCUUAAUGUGGCACUAGAGAAGACGGAGGCCAUAGUGUUUCAUGGCCCCCGAAAAAAGCCGCCACCACAAUCUUAUUUGAUGAUAAAUGGGGUGCGGAUUGAUAUAUCCCCCCAUAUGAAAUAUUUGGGAUUGGUGCUAGAUGGGCAAUGGAAAUUCAGGGAACAUUUUAUCCGCUUGUGUCCGAAACUGAUCUCCACUGCGAUGGCACUUGGUCGCCUGCUCCCAAAUGUGGGUGGACCUAAUUCGGUGUGCCGCCGAUUGUUUGCAGGGGUGGUGGCAUCCAUGGGUCUUUAUGGUGCCCCGGUGUGGAUAGACGCCCUAGACGCCAGAAAUGCUGCCGUGCUUAGACGUGCUCAGCGCAUAGUCGCAGUCAGGGCCAUCCGGGGCUACCGUACCAUUGCAGGUGAAACUGCAUGUGCGCUGGCUGCCAUCCCUCCUUGGGAGCUCGACGCGCAAAUUUUGACGGCGGUAUACCGCAAAAGGACGGAGGUCCGCCUGCGUGGGGACAGGCCUACCAUCGAGGAGGUUGAGAGGUGGCGUGAGGACGCCAGGAAUGAAUUUCUGGAUGCAUAUUGGGCGCGAAGGCUAGAGAUUUCUGUCUCCGGCCGCCGCACAAACGAGGCGAUUGCCCCUGUUCUCAAACAGUGGGCUACUCGAGGAUUUGGGUCCCUCUCCUUCCACCUCGUGCAAAUUCUAACCGGUCAUGGCUGCUUCGGCCGAUACCUGUAUCGAGUUGCUGGAAGAGAGGAAGAGCCCAAAUGCCACGAAUGUGACGCUAGCGAAGACACUGCGCAACACACGCUGGAACAGUGCUCUGCAUGGGACGAACAGCGUGGUGCCCUUAUCAGAGAGGUCGGGAAUGAUUUGUCCCUUCCCAGUGUCGUUCGGGCUAUGGUCUCGAGGCGAAGGGCCUGGAAUGCCGUUGCCCACUUUAGCGCGACGGUCAUGGCGGCAAAGGAGGCCAAUGAGAGAGAGAGGGAGGCUGACCCUCUCGCACCUGCGAGGAGGCGUCGGAGGACUGGGCGGCGACGCAGAACAUUCGCGCAAGCGUCGACCUAGCGGGGGUCUGCGGGCUAUUGGUUGGGCGCCAGUGACCCGCGUUGUACAGGCCCCCGUAUGACGGUGGGGUGUCCGUCGGAACGCGGAUGCCCCAUGCCUCCGGCACGGAGAUGAGCCCGUGCAGACUUCUGUGCGGGCACCACCGAGCAGGCCUACGCGAGCCAGCGCCCUGCGCAUGCUCGUGGCCCGCUCAAUUGUGGCGAGGCGAAGUUCCCGGGGAGUUUAGUGGAGUAUUCCCGGCUAUCUCUUUAGCCGGGUGAGUCCCACACACCCCCGCUCACUAGCCCAGUGGGCGGGGACGGUGCUUAAAGGCAUUCUCCCCGUU